UAGGAAAAAAGAAAAAACCAAAGACACAAAUGAUCAUAGAUCAUAGAUGAUAAUUAAUUCUCUUUGGCAAUAACUACCCAAAAAAAAAAAAAAAAAAAAAAAUCAAUUCUCAUUUCUCGAUCGUUGUUGUUGAGUUACCGACCAACGAAUCAGUCAACAACAUUUCUCUCUCUCUCUCUCUCUUACAGAAUAACGAUUUGUUUGUUAGAUUCGAAUCCCAUGAAGAACAGCCACCUAAACGGAGACGAAGUACAUGAAAAUGGUGGCUGCGACGACGACGACGUCGUUCUGGGCGUCGAUGGCGGAACCACCUCCACCGUUUGCGUCUGCAUGCCGUUGCUUCCCUUAAUUUCUAACCAAAACCUCCCAAACCCUCUCCCCAUUCUCGCACGUGCCGUCGCCGGUUCUUCCAACCACAACAGCGUCGGAGAGAGUGCUUCGAAGGAUACAUUGGAAAAGGUUAUGUCUGAGGCCCUUUCGAAAUCGGGCUCGAAUUGGUCGGCUGUUCGUGCUGUUUGUUUAGGUGUUUCUGGUGUUAACCAUCCAACGGAUCAGGAUAGGAUUAUACAUUGGUUAAGGGACAUAUUCCCUAGCCAUGUUAAGCUAUACGUCCACAAUGAUGCACUAGCAGCUCUGGCAAGUGGGACCAUGGGAAAGCUUCAUGGAUGUGUUUUAAUUGCUGGUACAGGAUCCAUUUCAUAUGGCUUUUCUAAAGAUGGUAGAGAAGCUCGUGCUGCAGGUGCAGGACCUGUUUUAGGUGAUUGGGGGAGUGGCUAUGGGAUUGCUGCACAGGCAUUAACAGCAGUAGUGAGGGCCCAUGAUGGUCGUGGUCCACAGACAGCACUUACAGAUUGUAUUUUGAAAGCUCUCAGCCUUUCUUCUCCGGAUGAACUGAUAGGGUGGACUUAUGCGGAUCCAUCUUGGGCACGCAUUGCAGCACUUGUCCCAGAUGUAGUUUCUUGUGCAGAAUCUGGUGAUCAAAUUGCACAUAAAAUACUUGUUGAUGCAGUCCAGGAAUUGGCUCUAAGUGUGAAAGCUGUUGUUCAAAGACUUUCCUUGUGUGGUGCAGAUGGAAAUGGUUCUUUUCCUGUUGUGAUGGUUGGUGGUGUCCUUGAAGCUAAUAAGAGUUGGGAUAUAGGAAAAGAAGUUAUUAAUUGCAUCCAAAGACACUACCCUGGGGCUUAUCCAGUUAGACCAGAGGUAGAGCCUGCUGUUGGGGCAGCUUUGCUGGCCUGGAAUUUCUUGAUGAAAGAAUCAGAAAGGCACCACAACAGCUGACCAGGGAUCUCUUACAAGUGUUCUACUCUGCAUUUCAAAAGAUAAGAAGAUUUUUAAAGAACAUUGUUAUUGUCAGUGAAUUUCUUGUAUGUAGUCAUUGUAGAAAGAUAUUGAGAAGCUCUCUUAUUAAUUGUAAUCAUUAACUUAUCAAAAUUAAUCAUAAUUCAUGAUUCAGGAA